AUGUCGAACGAGGACAAUCCGCGCAAAAAGUUGACUAAGGACGUAAGUGCAUUAUCUACCACAAAGACAAGGAACAAGUUUCUCUAUAUUGUUAUCCCAAUCACAAACAAUGGCCAUGGACAUCUUCCUUGUUGUCCAUUAACUUGGUUAGCCAUGAAAAUAUUAUUCAUGAUGGCUAUGAUGUUGUACACUUGUCAAGCAACUACUAACCUCCACCCUCUAAUCUUGAUACCAGGAGCUGGUGGGAACCAGUUAGAAGCAAGCCUGACUUCAGAGUACAAGCCUACAAGCUUGUUGUGCAACAGAUGGUAUCCAUUAAACAAAGAUAGUGAAGGUUGGUUUAGGAUAUGGUUUGACCCAAGUGUACUGUUGGCACCCUUCACAAAGUGCUUUAAUCAGAGGAUGAAACUUUACUAUCAAACUCACUUAGAUGAUUAUUAUAAUGCCCCUGGUGUCCUUACUAGGAUUACAAACUUUGGUUCCACUAAGUCCCUUCUUUAUCUUGAUCCCCAUCUCAAGAAAAUUACAGCAUAUAUGGAGCCACUUGUGAAUGCUUUGCAAGAACUAGGCUAUAGAGAUGGCGAAAAUCUGUUUGGAGCACCGUAUGAUUUUCGUUACGGUUUAGCUGCAGAAGGUCAUCCAAGUCAUGUUGGUUCCAAAUACCUCAAUGACCUGAAAGGACUCAUAGAAAGUGCAAGCAAUUCAAAUGGAGGAAAACCUGUUAUUCUUCUUUCCCAUAGCUUAGGAGGGUUAUAUGUCCUUCAACUUCUCUGCCGGAAUGCGAAAUCCUGGAGCCAGAAGUACAUCAAACACUUUAUAGCAUUGUCCGCACCUUGGGGAGGCACAGUUGAUGCAAUGUUUACUUUUGCUUCUGGAAAUGCACUUGGAGUGCCUUUAGUAAAUCCAUUGCUAGUAAGGGAAGAACAAAGGAGUUCUGAAAGUAACAUAUGGCUUUUGCCUUCUCCAAAAGUAUUUAGCACCAAAGAACCACUUGUUAGUACCCCAAAUGCUGCAUACACAGCUCGUGAUAUCCCGUCAUUCCUCAAGGAUAUCGGGUUUCCUGAGGGAGUUUUGCCUUACACAUCGCGUAUUUUGCCCCUGGUCGAAAACUUCACUGUGCCUCAAGUGCCUAUCACUUGCAUAAUUGGCUGUGGGGUUAAGACUCAAGAGACAUUGUUCUACGAAGAUGGCGAGUUUGAUAAGCCACCUGAGAUUGUGUAUGGGGAUGGAGAUGGCACUGUCAAUAUGGUAAGCUUGUUGGCUCUUGAAUCAAAUUGGGAUAACAAGAGUCACCUACCCCUUAAAGUGACCAAGUUACUGGGGGUUUCUCAUACAGGUAUACUAAAAGAUGAAAUUGCACUUGAGAAAAUAGUUGAAGAGAUUUCUUGUAUUAACUCUGAAAAUGCUACUGGCAUUUCACUAGUUUCAAAAGCUUGAUCAUAAUUGGUGAUACUAUUUCUUA